AUGGAAUCAAUAUAUGAUGAAAUUGAGAUUGAAGAUUUUACUUUUGAUCCAAUAACACAAUUAUUUCAACAUCCUUGUCCCUGUGGUGAUAGAUUUGCUAUUAGUUUAGAUGAUUUAAAAGAUGGUGAAGAUAUAGCAAUAUGUCCCAGCUGUUCACUCAUGGUCAAAGUUAUAUUUGAAGCUGAUGACUUGGAAGAAUAUAUUAAGGAGAUUAGCUGA